AUGAUUCGAUUGAAAGGCCAAGAAGAAUGGUUUUUCGACACAGAUCCUUAUCUGCUGAUAGUCCCAAUUCUUUCAAGUAAAAAUGCGGUUGCGUGGCAAGGAGAAGGCUACGAAGCGCUAUUCAUUAUUGGAACGCCAAAACCGCCAAACGAAAUGGGAUGCAAUACCGUUCCAUUUGACGGAAAUCGCUCAGAAGGUCUCGAUCAUGAGGACGUGCUCGAUAGUAAGGGCAUGAUUUCUUGUGUCUCAUCUAAUGUAACCUUGUGGGAGGAGGGAACAACGGCAAGUGAAGAGGAAAUUGAAACUGCCCGGAAAUUGCUAGAAACUGCAGUACUCGGUCUAGCGCAUUGCGUCAUCCGGGAUGCCGAACAGUACAAAUACGACUGGAACGAACAGGAAAGGAGUGCCAUGUCAAAAUUGAAAAACAGUCGUGUUGUUCCACCAGAUCCCAAGCAAGUUUGGGUGCCCUCCGCCAUGAAAAGAAGCAAUGCGGAGGACCAUUUGCGAGUACGAAAGAUUGCGUUCGAAAGCUGCAAUGCCGCUGUAGGUAAGAGUCAUGUAGGGCAUCGAGCCCCGGAUCCAAUGCUGCUGAUCGCAAAAGCGGCCAACAACUGGGCAGCCGCUCAUCAUCAGCGAUUGCUGCCUCCUGGAGCGGAAGAAGAAGAGGAUGACAUGUCCGAGAGAAUAUUCAUGGAAAUGGAAUCCCAGCAGGAACACCUUAUGUGCAUGAGAAGAGAGCAGAUGGAUACAGACGUUCCUGGAAUGGUCAUUGGAUGGUAA